UGUCUCCGCUGCCGGUUGGUGAACUCUGUCAACAUGGCCAGUGCGGUGUGUACCAGAUUCCUCCUGCAGAGAUCAACACAGAGGUUUCUCUUCUCGUGCAGAGCAGGACCCGCUUUCUCAAGCCCAUUUCUGUGCCGUGGACAUAGAUUGGGACCCAGCGAUGAUGAAAUGUACCAACGGACCUCGGUGUCCGUCAUGCAGAAGGAGCCGGGCAGCGGGGUGAUGAUCCACAGCUACAGUUCCAGAGGAUUCAACAUCGACGGCAACAAAGUGUUUGGGCCCUGUGCCGUACUGCCUCCUGCUAUCCUCCAGUGGAAUGUUGGCAGUUUUGAAGACAUCACAGAAGAAAGUGUCUCACUUUUCCACAUGCUUGAACCAAGAAUAGAGAUUCUCGUGCUGGGCACAGGUGCACGUGUUCAAAGAAUUAAGCCCUCAGUUCUGGCUCUGCUCAAACGUAAAGGCAUCGCUGUGGAGGUGCAGGACACGCCAAAUGCAUGUGCAACCUUCAACUUCCUGGCCAGUGAGCGAAGGGUGGUGGCUGCUGGUCUGAUCCCUCCGCCCGUCAGCACGGCGCUGGAGGUGAGCCAGGAAUAAGUGUUGCCAUGUCAACAGAAACUACACCAGGACUGAUUUCUGCAGAUGGAGGUGAUCCCAGGCCUGUGAGAUGGUUAUUCUCCUUCUUCACGAAGCUUCCAAAGGAACAAACUCCGUGACAUACGGCUCUGAAGAAUCACUAUAUUUUGGUCACAACUGUUAUUUUUUGUAGACGAAGAUGUUAAAUGCAGCUGCCGCCACUCAGGGAUCUGAGCAGUGAGCUGGCUUAGAUCACUGUAAAUACGGUUCCUAUAUAAAAAUACUGUGUUAUGUGUAUUAAAUAUAUAUUUAAAGGCUUUACAUGCAACAAACUGUGCUCAAGUGUCAUGAAUACGGAAUAUUUAUUAUUUUAAAAGACACAAGAAAGAGUCGCUGUUGUCUGUGCAGUAGAUACAAGUGAUUAUAUGUUAAAAACAUAAAAGAAGUAAAAAUUCUUUGUGUAUAUGUUCCAGCCCUCUGCCCGAGGUGUUGGUGGUGACUGUCGUUCGUUUGGAUAAGCCUCUUUUCUCUGUGCGUCUGUCCACCCUCCAGCAUUGCUGCCACUUACAAGCUGCCUGUGGGCAGCACACGACAACAUUCAGUGGCUUUGUCCUUCUCACACAUAAGCUCCCAUAGAUAAGAGAAUCCACAAAUCCCCUCCACAUCACUGGGAUUCAUCUCUUAAUCAUCUGUCUCUGUGCCACAUGCCCAGCGCCAGUCUGAAAUAUUUAAAUCCCCGUCGUUCAUUACUUUCACCUGCUACUGCUGAGAAAUUGUGGCGCUGAUUAAAGGAAUACAAUAAUUCCAGUCAAACUGGCUCCAGUUAGAUACAUGCUGUUUCUUAAUAGGUAAAUACAUUGACAAGUUAAUAAUUGAGUAUUGAAAAUGAAGCUGUCUUUACAAGAUAAAGUAAUAAUCAUAGUCAGUUUCAGCUGAUGUGUCUAUCAAAAAUGGACUUAUGGACGAAUAUAAGAGGAAUUAUCAUUAUUCUGAUUCAGGAUUUUACUUAGUAGCAAAAAAAGUUGUAUUGGUUGGAAGAGAGCAUCCCUGUCUCAUACCAAACCACUGCAAAUGCAGAUGAUUGAAACUUAAAAGGACAAAAGAAAAAUACGUUUUUCCAAAUUGACACCAAACAUUUACACAGUAUACUCACAAUUCACGCUACAUGCUACAUAACACACCCAAUGCAUUACAGCUGGGAUAACCAUCCAUACUGUGAUUAUAGCCUCCCAGCUGUUGCAUUAUUUGGUCCUGAUGUUGAAAGUCUCUCUCAGUCAUCAUCAGAGUUGUGAGACUGGUGUCUCUGUGAUCCUCCGAAGCUGAGCUCUGCUCCUGUAAUCCGGCGGUACAUGUCUUUGAUGUCCUCACAAUCAGCCUCAAAGUGGUUUAUUGCAUCAUAUGAGCGGGACACAAAUAUCUAAUGAAGACAGAGGAGUGAGGAGACGUCAUUGAACCAGUACUGGACACACUUCACACCAUUUCAUUUUGUAUUUCUUUUGCAAAGAAAUCUCCUUCU